AUACGAACGGUCGUGGUUAUAGUAUUUUUUUUUAAUUUUCCCAUCAUCGUGAACGAAAUCGAAACGUGCGAAUGUAGUUCCAGUGCGGUGAUAAAUAUUCAUGUCAUCUAAAUGACAACACUUAGGAAUACGAAUUUGAAAUAAUGGUGGUGCAGCGAAAUUUUAUUACCGUUCUAUCAUUAAUGAUGCUGGCUACAACAUUGAGAAAAGCUAAAGGAAGUCCCGCUAUUGCAACCGGUUACGACACAAUGGACAUCUGCAUAGAAAAUUGUGCCCAAUGCAAGAAGAUGCUAGGCAGCUGGUUUGAAGGUCAGCUGUGUGCGGAAUCUUGCAUCAAGUAUAAAGGGAAAUUGAUCGUCGAAUGUGAAGACUUUGCGUCCAUCUCACCUUUUCUUAACAAAGUCGCAAGGUUACCUGGUAAAAGAGGUUAGAUUACGCUAAUUAUGUUCACUUAACCCCAUAGUGCAGAAUUUUUAUCCUAAUGGUGCACUAAGGAUCUGCUUAAGUGAUUAUUAAACGACUGAUUGCGGUUGUAAGAUUAAUUUAAGUUAUUCAGAAAGUACUAGUCAUAGUGCAAAAGAAUACAAAAAUGUGUUAAAACAAAAACUCUAAAUCGAAACACUAUAUACUUAUGAGGAAUGAAUCUUUUUAGAAUUACUUCAAUGUUUGUUUUUUAAAUGUAUUGUAAAUUAGUUAUGAUGUUAAUAUUUUGUAUUAUAUUUGAUAAACAAUCCCGAUAAGGGACAUAGUUAAAACAAAAAAUAUUUUUAAUUAAUAAUAGCGCCAUCUAGUAGAGAAAUGAAAAACUCGAGCGGUAUUGCCAGUUGUAAUAUCAAAUAGUUGUAAGUUUUAUUUUAAGAAAAUGCAAGUACAAUAAAUAAUUUUGUGCAAUAAGUUGAAAAUACUGACGAAUGAAAUGUUGCUCAUUCUUUAUUAUAUUGUUAAUUAUGAAUUUUAUUGUUUAUUUUUGUUAAAAUCUAUUGUAAUGGGUGCCGACAGAAAAUCUCGCCUUCUUUAGUAUUAAGGGCACUGUUAUUAAUGUUACAUAAGUCUAUAUACCGUCUAUGUAUUUACACCUCGAUGUGCCAAAGUACUUAAUACACUUUAUGAUUAUGUUGUUUGUUUAUGUUUUAAACAUAAUCUUGUAUUUAAGUAUUACAGGGUAUAAUGUAAUUAAAA